ACUGCCGUAUUCUGACUGGCCGGUGUCGUACGUUUUUGCAGAAUCACCAUGGCGUCUGUGUUGAAAGAGACUGCGGGGUUGUAUGAAACGUUGAAAACCGAGUGGAAUAAAAAGAGUCCAAAUCUUAACAAAUGCGGUGAGAUCCUGAGCAAGUUAAAGAUAUCCCUGUUGGAACUGAACUUUUUACCAACUACUGGGACCAAACUAACCAAACAGCAGCUUAUUCUUGCCAGAGAUGUUUUGGAGAUUGGAGCACUAUGGAGCAUCCUGAAGAAAGACAUCCCUUCCUUUGAACGCUACAUGGCUCAGCUUAAGUGUUAUUACUUUGAUUACAAGGAUGAGUUGCCCGAGUCGGCCUACAGGCACCAGUUACUGGGUCUCAACUUGCUCUUCCUGCUCUCUCAGAACAGAGUGUCUGAGUUCCACACAGAGCUGGAAAGAUUGAGCGCAAAAGACAUCCAGACCAAUGUCUACAUCAGACACCCAGUUUCAUUAGAGCAGUAUCUGAUGGAGGGCAGUUACAACAAGGUCUUCCUUGCCAAAGGAAACAUCCCUGCUGAGAGCUACACCUUCUUCAUUGACAUUCUUCUUGAUACCAUUAGAGAUGAGAUUGCAGGUUGUAUAGAGAAAGCAUAUGAACAGAUUCAAUUCAAUGAGGCCACACGGGUGCUUUUCUUUUCCUCUCCAAAAAAGAUGACAGAAUAUGCGAAGAAAAGAGGAUGGACCCAGAGUCCUGAUGGAUACUACUCAUUUAGUACCCAGCACCAAAAGACAGAGGAAGUGAAUAUCCCCUCCACAGAACUGGCCCAACAAGUCAUCGAGUAUGCAAGGCAGCUGGAAAUGAUUGUGUAGUGUGAAUCUAGCAUCAUUUAGACACAUGUAUACAUAAAGGUUCACAUUUGUUUAUCCAAAUAAAACCAUUGUACAGUGGCCAUAUAUCUGUACUCAGUUCAGAGACCGGAUGACACAGCCACAAAUAAUGGCUCUCAGAGGAUGAGACCAGAACUUGACCUACACUUUAUCAAUAUCUACCUGUAUCAGGGUCUCUCUGUGUGAUUGUCUGUUGGGUGUGUCAUCUGUUUUCAGGAACCCUCUUACAUUUAUGAUCUAAUGACUGGGGUCUCAAAAGGUUUUUUUUUUUUUUUUUUUUGGAAAUAAACAUUCAGUCUCUCUUAUUUUGAAUAUUCACAUGUUGUUCCUCUCAGAAAGGUUUGAUGGUUUUUAUCAAGAGUGUGUUUGUGAAGAAAAGUGGGUCUGGCUGGCAUGCUUGAGAAGGAUGUUGUCAGCAGCAGCUAAACUUCAGUGCUUAUUCAUUGUUGCCCUAGUAGUGUUCAUUGAAUUAUUAUACUCUUUUGCCCUUGCCUUGUAUCCUAGCAACAACGUGAUGAUUGCGGUUAAAAGUUUGCAGAUGUUUUUUAAUUGGUAAUGCCAAUCCCGCCCCUAAAUUAUCACGAGGCAUUGACAAUUCUGAUAAAUAAAAUGUUUGUUUUUUUGUGACUCUUUUAUAAAAAGACGUAUGAAACACUG